AUAGUAAAAAUGAACAAGCUAUCUUUGUUGGCAAAGUUUGGUUGUAUUAUUGUAAUUAUAUUCCAAGGGUUUUUGCUGAACAAGUAUUUAACCUUAUCUUAUAAUAUAAAAUGGUGGUCAUGGUUUAUCGGGGAUGCAAUUGUUGUUGGUGUUUGGAUAAUAAUUUUAUUUUAUUUACAUAAAAUAUUUAAGGAGAAAAGCGUUAAUGAAGUCAAUCCCGUAGACCCUAGAAAAUUUUCUGAUGAAAUAAAAUAUGCUUUUUUUGCUUGGAUAACUUAUAUUAUUUUUUUACUGCCAAGAAUUGUUAUUUUAUUUAACACAUUUCCUCCAAAACUUAAGAAGAGCGAUUUCUUUGGACAUAACUUAUUAAAAGUAUCAUUGGCAAUUACUCCAAUUGUUUUUUUGUUGAUGAUAUUUGGUUUUCAUAAUGCAAAUACAACUCAAGAUCGUAAAGUAUAUAUUUCUUCACUAGCAUCAAGUGUAACUUUAGAUCUUUUUGAUAGCAUGGAUUUGCUGGAGUUGCUUUUUGAACCCAGUGGAGUACCUAAAGUAUUUUUAAUACUUACUUUGGUUUUUGCAAGCAUAAAUCUAUUUCUUCCUACAAUGGCUCUUUACGAGUUGUAUGGAAAUAAAUUUUCUGGCAGAGUUUCUGGAUUUUCGUUCAAAAUUUGCUAUGUGUGUGGAUGUAUGUUUUUAGUGAAUUUACCAAAUUUGAUAUUGCGAUCAUUUUUAUGGCAUAGUCAUGAUGCUGAUGUUUCUGUUCUUAUUAUGAAGAAUGUAAUGUGCAUUUUGAUUGGUAUAAAUGAAAUUGUUGAAUUUUUAUGUGAAGAAAAACCAAAAAGAUGUGAUAACUGCAUGUGCCAUUUUAAAAAAGCAGCAUUUAAAGAACAUUGUGAAAAAUGUGUAGCAAACGAUUCAAAAAAACAACAAUUAGAUAUUUUGUUGGUUCAUAAUAUAAACUCUAUUUAACUUUAUCGCAUUUUAUAUACCCACAUUUUGCUUUUUUUUUUUUAAGCAGAUGCGUUUGUUCAACUUUUUCUUGGAAGUGCGAUAUGACAAGGUGCGAAAUAAUUAUAAUUGCUUUAUUUCGUUUUUAAAAAAUAACAAACUUUAA